GGCAUUCGUAUAAUUUCCGGGAGUGAGUGGUGUAAGAUUGCUUACAUAUGCAUGUGCUUGUGUUUACAGAGAAAUCUUUGUCACCACAAAGUCGUACAUUUGCAAUUUUUAAUUCACUCGCUGCUUGUAUUGUAUCAAAUAAAAUGAAACACCUGCUUGCGUGAGACUUUGCUGCGCUUUGCUGAACACAGUGCUUACCUGACAAAAUAGGCAUCUAAUAGCGACUCCCAGGGAGCUGUUCUUGAAUUGGUGAUCCCUUUUGACAAGACCGCAGGAGAACUGCAACGGCUGGUGCGGGUUGCAUCUACUGUGAGAGCCACGAGAGUGUUGUUCAUUUCUGUGACAGAGCACAGGUAUAAACCAGGAGCCUCUUUGUGUUCACAGGGCCAAUGACUGAUCAUAUAGCUUUUCUUAGUUCCUCUUCAGUAAACCCUUAAAUGCCCUGACGCGCUGAUGCUCCCGAUUUACCACUUCACUGAACCCUAACCAUGACAUUUCCUCUGCUGCCAGGGGUUGUUCCCUCCUGCUUUGCGGCCUGCCAACCCAACUCUCCCCAUGCCCCCGCCACCCCUCCCUCCACCGCCCCUGCUUUUUCCCUCUGCCCUAUCUCCCUCUUACUUAUUCAGAAUCCUAGUCCUCGCAGUUCACUCUGUGUCUCAUAGCAUCUCUAAAUAUAACUAAGCAUGUCUUUCUCUUCUCCUUCCUCUUCCUGCCUCCUCCUCCUCUUAGUCCUGUCUGACAAAUUUAGGCAUGCCUAGACAAUCUGAUCUGACAUGACUUUACAUAACAAUUCAAACCACAGAACCCCCCCUACCUCCCUCGCACAGGGAGAGCCAAAGGUGUGUUAUUGUCAUGCAUGUAAUUCUCACUACUCCUGUAGAACCCCGGGCUCAGAAAAUUACAAUUAUAUUUGCACAUUCAGGAUGUUCUUGUUUCCUGAGACCAUGAGAUCUGUGCUUCUCUGAGUAACCGUGGUUUAGAAAAGAAGAGUUGGAUGCGAUGCAGGCAUUAUUGUCACCCCACAUGAGGACAUAGAUGCCUCUACUUGGAGUAAAGCCUUCUCACAGACGCUAGCAGGAAGCAAGAGGGCUAGAGUAAAUCUUAAAUAAUCACGAUAGAGCGUUGUGACCCCUGUUGGCGUUAUGCCAUUGCACACGUUCAUCCUCUUGCCUGGUGAUUUAUUUCUUGUCUGCCAAUAAAGGUUUAACAUGGAAAUGUCACAUGUGGGUAAAUGGCUGGCCUCAGCCCCUGGAGUGAGCUCAUGCAGCAUUAAGAGGGUAUGGAUUCAUUAAACUGUCUGCAUAAAUUUUGACCCAAGGCUAGUUUGCAGGCUGAGAGCGAAGAAUUCGGAUGCGGACAGGGGACAUUUUCAGCAGUGUCGUAAAGGUGGAGAGGAAGAUACAAGUGAUGGGUGAAAAUGAGAAAAAUAGGCCUGGUUUCAAAUAAGAUAGAAUGAGAGCACACUCAGGAUGACAGCCCAUAGUAUAAGAGAGGAUAAUGUUCCUUUGGCGGUGCCUGGAUGAAACUGGAAAGUCUGAAUAGAAUUUUAUCCUGGUAGAGUGGUGAAAUAAUAUAAAUGUCAAAUACACAGAACAAAAUUUGUAUAUACUACUCAAACUUUUACACGAGUCUAAUUACAACCACAAACCUCCAGUCAUUUUGGGAGAUUUUGAGUAGUACGGUCAAAAUCCCCCAGUCAAAACAGACAAAGUAAUGAAUAGUUGUGAAGUGGAAAGUGAUUCAUGAAAUUCAAAUUAUUUUACCGCACAUAAAAUUGUUUUAAUGUGAACUGAUAUUUGUGACUAUAAAGUAAUAAAAGCUGAAGAUGUUUUAAGAUUGGGUAUUAUGUGCUUGCUCAUGCUAUUUUAUAAACCAAUGAAGCGUUUUGCCUCCAUUUCUGAUGAAAAUGCUGCAUUAUGUCAAAAACAACUUAUAAACAUUGUUAUUUUGCAUCAGGCAUAACAAUUGGUCUCUAUUUCAUCGAGAACCUCCUUCCCUUUCCAACACUCACUCUUCAGGGAUGUCAACACAACAAUGUUGUACAAUACUGUCCGUUGUACAACCGUUAUCUGAAGUAUUGUAGUUUGCAUGAUAAGCUCAACAGAUGCUCAGUUUCACCAGAUGUUUGCUGACUAUGGCUGCUUCUAGUCUGGUGGAGACGUGCUGGGGAAGCGCAAGGAGAGGCUGCUUGGCUGGAGACUGCAGCUCUAAGGCAAAACUUCGGGGAAUUAGGCAGUGCAUUGCAGAAGCAAGUGUUAGGGCACCCCAACUGGAUGCCACAGGUGAUUCAGUGAUACCUCAAAACAUUCACGAAUGAGUCAAAACAUCACUCUGGGUAUGUUUGGAUGAGGGAAUAACAUUAUGACAUAAAGCCCAAAGGUUGACUUUGCAUAACACCCCCUUUAAGAGGUAUGAAUAGUUUUUCAAGGCACCUUAUUGAACUAAAGAUAAAUCCUUGUUUUUGUAUUCUCAGCCUCUGUAGCAGAAAAAUGGAUUAUCCACGCAUAAGAAUAUUUAUCGUUUCGAAGAGAGAUUUGGUCUUGGUUCAGCUCAUCUUUACGCACAGAAGUGAUAAGAAAGUAAAAAGAAUCUCAACUUUGUGGAGCUAACACCAUCUUCAGCUAUGGGAGAAUGACAUUUUGACUCCAGAACUGAAAUACAGGAAGUGAAAUCAGCAAAACAGACAAAGCAGUCUGAUGACAUAAGUUUCAAAAGGCAGCUCCUUAUGGGAAGACCUUCCGAAGACCAUCCAAUUCAUGGGCCGGCCACUAGGUCUCCUGAGGGACCAGGACACAAAACAUGUGUACAAGAAGCGACCUAAGGAUGAACAGGCUAUACCCCCUGACUCUCUCCCCAUUGGCAUUGCAAGCCUUUUUGGCCUCAUCAUGAUAUUUGCAAGAGGAAAUUAGGAGAAUGAGAGUAAAGGAAAAUGUGCACAAAUUUAAAGGACAUACAAAAGCAUGGACAUGUUCACUGUAACAAAAUGUGAUGCUGCUUUUCUCUAAUUUAUCUUAAUAUGUCAUAUUUUUGUAGAAGUGAAGGUAAAAUUCACAGUCGAUGUAGAACUUAGCAUUGGUCACAGUUAUUUGACACCCUUUUUAUUGUCUGAUGUUGGUUUACCUUUACCUGUGGACAUUGUAGUAAUUCUUCUUAAGGACAAUUAUUCUACAAAUGGACUAAGCUUUGCAGGACUUGACCGAACUUUGUUUGGUUUUAUGAGGAAAAUGGGACUCAUCAAUAAAGUAGAUAGCUCUCACAUGCAUUUAAUACUAUAGCAAAACAGUAAUGAAAAACAUACUUUCCUUGUUGACGCAUGAACAAGAAGGCCUUUAAAACGGCAAACUGCCUGUGAAUGUUGGGGAAGAAACAGAGAGGCCAGAGAAAUGGUGAGCAAGGAGCCUAAUCACUUGCUCACAGGCCAAAGCAACGGCAAGAGCACCUUGGCGGACAAACUGCCUGGAACAAUGACUGUACGCUCUGUGCUGCUUAAUCGAGACUCACCAGAUAUUGAAAGUCGCCUCAAGCGCCGUCGCAACCGCACCCAUCAGGUUCGCUUCAAAGAUCUUGAGGAUGGCAGUAGCAGUAGUGGCAACAGUGCAACAGGGGAAAAUAACACCCGUCAACGGCCUGCCAAGGACCGUGACAGCCCACAUCCUCUCCGGAAACACAACAGCAUGUCCUCUCAGCCAUGGACAGACAGACCCCACACUGAGAGCCUACUUGGUCAAACCUCUGUGGUGGGGGCUGUGCGUGGGGAUAUGGCAAGUACAAUAGAAAAGGUGGCUGCUUUUUUAGCACGGGCCCCACCUCAUCCACUAACACCUGGUCCUACACGCAGAUGUUGGGUGCCACCACAGUCUAACUCUCUAACUUUACCAAUGACACGGAGACCCAGUACAAGCACCAGCACAGCCAUUCAGACUUCACCAUGCCUCAAAAAACCUCAGUCUCUGUCAUCCACCCAAGCACGUAGCCACAGCAUUGGGGACUCAGUUGGUGUGGAUGGAGAUGAUGAGCAUGACUCUCAAGAUGAGUACCUUAGCCACAACCACGUGCUGCUUGGGUCCAAAGAUCAGAGCAGACCUCCAAGCUGUGGGGAUAAAACUGUGGUAGAACGAAGAUCUAAAGUAUCAAAGACAGAAAUUAAGUCAGGUGUUAUGGUAAAGCAAUCCAGACACAGCUGUCCACCUUCAGUUCUUCACAAUAAUGAUCUGUGUCACAGUACUUCAAUAUCUUGCCGAGAUGGUCCCAAGCGCCAGGGAAGUAGCACUCCUUCAGUAGUAAGGAGGAGAAAGCGCCUAAGCCGGACAACAAGUGAUCCUGGAAAAGAAGUGCAUUUCUGCACCACUCCCACACAAACUGAAAGCCCCCCUCGAUCGCCUCCUCCUACAAAUACCAAACUGUGUACGACUGAAGUUCAAACAGAGGGCCCAUCCUCAUCUCCAGCUUCAAAACAUUGCACCACCCAAAGUCAAACUGAACGUAAACAUCAGUCUCUAAAUGUGAGUGAUGAACACUGCUCAACACAAAUUCAAACCACUAAUUCUUGUCCAACCCUACCUCAAAAUGUUGAGCAGUGUACCCCUCAAAAACAAGCAAACUCUCCAUGUCCAUCUUCCCCAAAUCAUAAACCUUGCACUACACAAUUGCCAACUUGUAGCUCCGUUGCCUCUCCACCUUUAAUUGCAUCACCCAUCUUAGAUUCUGACAUCCAAGUGUCUGCUUCUGCAGCUGAAAACCCUCCCACCACCAACAUUUCUACUGUGCCUUACUGUACUUCUCCUCCAACACUGGCAAAUGCACCACUACAAAUCACUGAAAAAGGCCAUAAGGCAGCUUCUUCGUCUCCUACUAAGCCAGCAAGUGUCACUAAUCCUCCACCAAACAUCCUACCUAUUCUUUCCUCCACUCCUGCACCUUCUGCUUCCCAAAGCCCUAUUCCUUAUUAUACUGUUUUGUCUCCACCAACACCACCCAGCAAAACUGCUGUCUGCUCAAGUCCUUCCUUUUCUGCCCCUCAGUCCUCAUCAUAUAACUGCACAUCCCCAGUAUCAAUAUCAUCCUCUUCCUUAACCUGUUCCAUCCCUACUCCAAAUGUAAGCACCAUUUUAACAUCUCGUGAACCUAACAAACAACCCAAUGCUGUCCCAAAUGUAAGACAUCAACAGCCACCAUCAGGUCCAACAAAUAAUGUACCACUCACAAACCUUACACCCUGUACAAUUGUGACUCAGACUGCCCUGUCUUGCACAUCCAUAUCAUAUUACACCGGUACUCAUCCAGGUGGCUCCCACACACCUCAGAUUAAUCAAACAACACCUUCUUACACCACUGUUAUACAAACAGUAUCUCAUUGUAACAUACCGUAUCAAACAGUGCAAAAUAACCCCCCUGCCAGCACUGGGAUAACCCUUUAUCCUUCCCCUGUCCCUAGACUUGAAUCUUGCACUUCUCCACCUCCAAUUGUGAAAGCAUAUGUGUCCACUCUUCAGAAUGCUCAAGCUUGUGGGACUCCAACUAAAGCUGUUCCUUUGUACUCUUCAACAUUUCGUGCUGCACCACCAUACACUCCCCCUUCGCAAGCCCCUUAUAAUGCUCAGGAUAAGAGGGGCAUUCGACUUCCACCUCCUCCUCCACCACCUCCUCCCUACACACCACGGAAAAAAGGAAGUGAGCCAGUAGUUGCCACAGUCCGAACAUCCAUGCUCAGGACUGAGAGCAAAGCCAAUGAAAAAGGUAUGGAGAGGGAAGAGAAAAAGGAGGAUACAAUGAAUAUGAAGUGUACAGACUCACCCAAGUUCUGUGGGAGAGCCAGUUCUCUGAAGCACAGAACUCAAACUCCACCAGUCGCUGUGAUGAAGGGAGAGAGGCGCUCCUCUACCUCCUCCCCUGCCAAGGCCUGUUUUAAGCCCAGCUGUCUUAGCUCAGCCCAGGCUCAGCUUGGGGUGCUACACAAAAUGCUCUGCUCAGGAGCCAGCGUCAGGCCCAACACACCAAACAGCCAACACUCUCUGCCUUCUAACCAGCAGGGUUGCUCUGGUGCCAGGGGCUGCUCUGCCUCUGGGGGUCAGCCUGCAACUGGGACACUGAGUCCCACAAAAGCUGACACUUUAAGACAGGUUCAGGAAAUUCUUGGAGGAUUGAUGUCUGGGGCCAGGUGUAAACUGGACCCAUCACGGGUGACGGAAAAGCUCCUGAGUCCCAAUGGACCCCUGCAUGAUAUUCGUAGCUUGCAGAACCAGCUUCACAGUCUGGAGGGCGUCCUGGAGACAAGCCAGAAUACGAUUAAAGUCCUGCUGGAUGUCAUUCAAGACCUUGAGAAAAAGGAAGCAGAGAGAGAUGGAAGACAUUCCUACAGGACGGGGCAGGACAUUGAGAACUGUGGGACCUGCAGAGACUGCGCCUGCAUCAUCUACAGUGUGGAGCACGAUUUCCGUCUGCAAGAAGGGCAGGUGGUACGAACUUGGAAGGUGGGCGACCCUCCAGAGGGCUCACCACAGACUCCCACCUCCCAGACUACAACACCUCAGCAACAAGACUCUCCACAACUAAUGCGGCCCCCUGCCUCCACCAAGAAGAACCGGAAGAAGUGCUUUUGGUUCCUCUAAGUGUCAGGAGAUAGGGGUGUGGGGAAAAGACAUUUUGUUACUGUAAUACACCGCACACGCUUCUUUACAAAAAAAAUAAAUACAAAAAAAUUGACUCUGGAGGGGUUAAAAAAAAAACUGUGAAAUUACCAGAAGGAUUAAGAUGCAAACAAAUCACUAUGAGGGAGAAACAGUUUUUAAUCUGCUACUGUUAGAUAUGACGGAAAUGAUUUCACUAGACUGCACAUGUUGUUUCUGUUUUCUUUUCAUGCAUCUUCAGCACUUACAAAUUUGAUCCAGGUGCAGGAUGGAAAAAAAAAUGCUGAAGUCAAGAAAAUGCAAAAGUUUAGUCUGCCAUAAAACUCAUAGUCAGGAAGCUAUUAGGAGACAUAAAGAGAAUAUAUACUUUGCAGCUAUGGGGAGAAAGGGGCAAUACAGCAGAUAAGAGAGCAUAUUUAUUAAAGGUUAAAUGAGAAGAAUUUAUAGGGAAGGGAAGAAAGAGACUAAGAUUUUUCUUUUAUGGACUAAUGAGGGUCAGCACACCAGCUUUUAUAUCAAGUGACAUUUAAAAAAAACUAUUAUGACCCGAUUUAAACCUUUUAUUAUACUGUAACUGAUGAAAUAUUACAUGUGUCUACAUGUACAUACAGUGCUCACACACACACAUACUUACAUAGAAAGUAUAUGUGAAUUGAUAAAAAUGGUGAAUCGAGUUCUGUAUGUAUCAGAGCUGCUUGGAUGCUUUAUUUCAGAUAUGGAUUAAUGCUCUAUAAAAGUAUUUUACCACA